AUAUGACUCCAGCUCUUUAAACUUCUUGCUGUGAUUGAGAUAUAAUCAUUGGGUGUGGUUCGUGAGUAGCGUGGUGUAGACUGUCACGUAGAGUACUCCAUGUAAGAGUACUAUAAAUCCCAAUAUAGGCAUCAGCUGUGCCUAUUCCGUUCUAAAUAUUUUUUUCCUCUGAUCUUGGAAGAAAGAUGGAGGUCCUUAUACAGUUAGUGACCAUGUUACUAUGUUCAUUUUCUCUGGUUCACUGCAAGCCUGUGGAAGUGGAAGAGAACUGGAAAGGGUCACCAAAGAAACAGACGAUUUUACAAGCUCGGCCGAUGGACUUUAGGGAUGAGAUUUACGUGAGCAAAAGGAAUGCAUUUGGAAAUUGCAUACCACCUGGCACUGACGUCCCAGGGUUCCGCUGUGCAACCAGUCAGGAGUGCAUCCCUUUGAGUCUGGUGUGUGAUGGCGUCAAUGAUUGCGACUACGACGCCUACGAUGAGACCGAGGAAUCAUGUAAGGUAGUCCAAUGCGACGGGUUUCUCUGCCGUGAUGGGGCGUGUCUUCUGACCGAGUUCGUGUGUGACGGCACCUAUGAUUGCAGAGACGGGAUGGAUGAGAUGGAAUGUAACCUGAACCAGUGCAGUGCUGAUGAUCAGUUUCAGUGCCGAAGCGGACGAUGUAUACCUCACUUCUGGCGGUGUGACAUGCUCGAGGACUGCCAAGCAGGGGAGGACGAGUUAGAAUGCGAACACAAUCAAUGCCAAGGGGACGAGUUCCGCUGUGACACAGGGGCUUGUGUCAUCCGCAUUUGGGUGUGCGACGGACAGAAUGAUUGCCCGAAUGCAGAGGAUGAGACGGUUGGUUGUAACUUGGUACCUGCUGUCGUCUGUGAUGAAGGGCUCUUCCAGUGUGGAGACCAGUCCUGUAUACCUGACUAUCUGGUCUGCGAUGGCAAUACAAAUUGUCCUGCAGGUGACGACGAGCAACAAGAAUGCUGCAACGCUGACGAAUUCCGCUGCCAGACCGGGCAGUGUAUCCCUGAACAGUAUCGUUGCGAUGGACUUAUCCGGGACUGUCCGGCUGGUGAGGAUGAGGACUGCGGAUGCGGGGCGAACGAAUUCCAGUGUGACACUGGGACAUGUAUUCCAGAUAUCCAGCGCUGCAAUAAUCAGAUUGACUGUGAUGACGGAUCUGAUGAAGCAAGUUGUCCUAUCAUUGAUCGUGUAUGUAUAACGGUUGGUACUGUCCAGUGUACGUAUGGACAUGUGUGUGCUGUACUCUGCAAUGGUGUCCGGGAGUGCCCUGUCAAUGGUGAAGACGAAAUCGGAUGUCCGCUCACCAACUGCCAGCCAUCCGAGUUUGAAUGCACAAACGGACAAUGCCUACCAGCAUCGGAUAAGUGUGACGGCUACCCGCGUUGUUCCGGCGGGGAAGACGAAAUCGGAUGUCAGCUGUCCAACUGCCAGCCAUCCGAGUUUGAAUGCACAAACGGACAAUGCCUACCAGCAUCGGAUAAGUGUGACGGCUACCCGCGUUGUUCCGGCGGGGAAGACGAAAUCGGAUGUCAGCUAACCAACUGCCAGCCAUCCGAGUUUGAAUGUGGAAACGGACAAUGCCUACCAGCAUCGGAUAAAUGUGACGGCUACCCCCAUUGUUCCGGCGGGGAAGACGAAAUCGGAUGUCAGCUGUCCAACUGCCAGCCAUCCGAGUUUGAAUGCGCAAACGGACAAUGCCUACCAGCAUCGGAUAAGUGUGACGGCUACCCGCAUUGUACUGGUGGGGAAGAUGAAAUCGGAUGUCAGCUGACGAACUGCCAGCCAUCCGAGUUUGAAUGCAAAGACGGCAAGUGUAUACCCGCUUCGGAUAAAUGUGACGGGUAUCCGCAUUGCUCCGGCGGGGAAGACGAAACGGAUUGUUCCCUGUCAAACACGUCGCCGGUUGAAUGUGGACCACCUUUGACCUUUGAAUGCCCGGAUAGGACUUGUAUAUCGUCUGACCUACUAUGUAACGGACAGCCUGAUUGUCCAUACAGUGAUGCGGACGAACAGCCUGGUAACUGCCGGAUCAUUUCUGCAUGUUCCCCUAAUCAGUUCGAGUGUGAUGAUGGAAGCUGUAUUUACUCGGGGCUUGUCUGCAAUGACCGAGAUGACUGCCCGGACCAAUCCGAUGAAGCCGUCGAACGAUGCGGAUUUAAUUUGUGUAACUCUGAGGACGGGUUUAGGUGCCAGGAUGGAAGCUGUAUACCACUGUAUCAAGUCUGUAAUGACGUGCUCGAUUGCUCAAAUGGGGAGGAUGAAGAUAAUUGCGUUUCCACUUAUACUAGACCCGGUAUAUGCCCUCCCCAGUCUAAUACUGCGUACGGAGGAAACAACGACCCCGGUGUGUGCGUAGACAAUUGCUUCCAGGAUACUGACUGUCCAGAACCUAUGAAAUGCUGUGCAGCGCCCUCUGAGUGCGGUCUAACAUGCACACAGGUGUUCCUUCCGGCUAAUCCACUUACAGGGCUGACGGAACUAACGAACUUAAUUGAGAUCCUUCAGGACGAUCUAAAUAUCAUCAAUAAUGAAGUUGCGAUCCUUGCAGACGAUGUAGGCGGUAUAGAAACAAGAUUAGGAGCCCUUGAAACAGAUUCACAACUACUGAGACAAGAUGUGGAUAUCCUCAAACAACAAGCAAAUGAAAACAACCAACCUUACGCACCGCAAGAAGUCCAACCAUAUGAACCAGAAGCUGUUCAACCUUACGCACCGCAAGAAGUCCAACCAUAUGAACCAGAAGCUGUUCAACCUUACGCACCGCAAGAAGUCCAACCAUAUGAACCAGAAGCUGUUCAACCGUACGAACCCCAAGAUGUCAGGCCGUACGAACCACAAAAUGUCCGACCGUACGAACCGCAAGAUGUUCGACCGCCCGAACCACAAAAUGUCCGACCGUAUGAACCGCAAGAUGUCCGACCGCCCGAACCACAAAAUGUCCGACCGUACGAACCGCAAGAUGUCCGACCGCCCGAACCACAAAAUGUCCGACCGUACGAACCACAAGAUGUCCGACCGCCCGAACCACAAAAUGUCCGACCGUACGAACCACAAGACGUCCGACCGCCCGAACCACAAAAUGUCCGACCAUACGAACCGCAAGAUGUCCGACCGCCCGAACCACAAAAUGUCCGACCGUACGAACCGCAAGAUGUCCGACCGCCCGAACCACAAAAUGUCCGACCGUACGAACCACAAAAUGUCCGGCCGUACGAACCGCAAGAUGUCCGACCGCCCGAACCACAAAAUGUCCGACCGUACGAACCACAAGACGUCCGACCGCCCGAACCACAAAAUGUCCGACCGUACGAACCACAAGACGUCCGACCGCCCGAACCACAAAAUGUCCGACCGUACGAACCGCAAGAUGUCCGACCGCCCGAACCACAAAAUGUCCGACCGUACGAACCACAAGAUGUCCGACCUUACGAACCACAAGAAGUCAGACCGUACGAACCACAAGACGUCAGGCCUUACGAAACGCAUAAUGCCCGACCUUAAUAACCACAAGACGUCCAACCUUCAAAACACAGGAUGUCUGACCAUACGAAUCACAGGACGUUGGGCCCUAAGAUCCAUACAUUGCCUGACCUUAAAAGACGUUUUCUGUGGGUUUUUUGCCAAUAUUAAAAAGAUAUAAACUAUUGGAAAUAAAUUUAUAUUGUAAGCUUCAAAUCAUCCAAAUAAUAUGAAGAACGGUAUUGAGCUUCAGAGAAUUUGAGAAAACAUAAAUAAAAUAAUGACCUAUCAAAAGGAUGAGCUAUUUUGAUUCAAGCAACCACAGCAACAUAUGGCACGCCUGGCAACAACCUAAAUGAUUUGUACACAUCCAAUCAAAAUAUAAGACAAUGCCAAAUUAUUUCAGUAUUAGCACUAUACAUUGUAACUUCAUUUUUAUUUAGUUAAUUAAUAUUAAUCAGACGAAAUAAACCUGCAAAAUUAUAUAUUUAAAAAAUAUCAAUUGCACUCAAUGGUUUGAAAUUACUUGAACUUGAAUACAAAUAAAAUUUAAAGGUUAUAGUUUUUAACUUUUGAAAUAAAAGAAAAUUCCUUGUUUGGCACCAGUCUACGUAUGCCAUCAUAGGCCUAUAUCAUGUUAGUUGCUAUGAUUGUAUCACAUCAUUCUGUGUUAGCUUUAUGUUAGAUUUCAGUAAUUAUUUUUAUGACUAAAAUCAAGUGUCAUUUUAUUGUAUUU